UUGCCAACUUUAAAACAAAAACACAUUCUUUUGAAAUCGUUCUAAAACCCUAGCCCCCCAAACACUCGUCGCCUUCACACCUCCAUUCUUUCUCCCCCAAAUCACUAACACAAUGUCUUCAAUAAUCUCUUUACCAAAAUCCCAAAUCUUGAACCACAACUUCUUCUCAAAUCUUGCAAGAAUCACAGGUUCCCAACAACAUGCCUUCAAAUCCCUCCACUUUUCCACCUCAUCAGACACCCCUUUACCCGAACCCGAAACACCCAUUUCACCCCACGACCCGGAUCCCCUCCCGACCCAAAACCCACAACCCGACAAGCUCAACAAUCUUGGACCAAGAACCCCAAGAGGUAAGCAUCGGAACCCUGAAAAAAUAGAAGAUAUUAUUUGUAGAAUGAUGGCUAAUAGGGCUUGGACCACUCGAUUACAGAACUCAAUCAGAAGUUUAGUUCCUGUGUUUGAUCAUAAUCUUGUUUAUAAUGUGUUACAUGGUGCUAGAAACCCUGAUCAUGCUUUGCAGUUCUUUCGCUGGGUUGAGCGGUCCGGUUUGUUUAAACACGACCGCGAAACGCAUUAUAAGAUUAUCGAUAUAUUGGGUAAGGCUGCUAAGUUGAAUCAUGCUAGGUGCAUUUUGUUAGAUAUGCCGAAAAAAGGGAUCAAAUGGGAUGAGGAUUUGUUUAUCGUUUUGAUCGAUAGUUACGGGAAAUCGGGUAUCGUUCAAGAGAGUGUGAAGAUUUUUAGGAGUAUGGAGGAAUUGGGUGUGGCGAGAACGAUAAAGUCGUAUGAUGUUUUGUUUAAGGUUAUUAUGAGACGAGGGAGGUAUAUGAUGGCGAAACGGUAUUUUAAUAAGAUGUUGAGUGAAGGGAUAAACCCGAGUCGACAUACGUACAAUGUUUUGAUUUGGGGGUUUUUUCUUUCGUCGAGGGUUUCGACUGCGAAUAGGUUUUUUGAAGAUAUGAAAAGUCGAGAGAUUUCGCCGGAUGUUGUUACGUAUAAUACGAUGAUUAACGGGUUUAAUCGGGUGAAAAAGAUAGACGAGUGUGAGAGGUUGUUUGUUGAAAUGAAAGGAAAGAAUAUCGAACCGACAGUUAUCACUUACACGACAAUGAUUAAAGGGUAUGUUAAUGUUGGUAGAGUUGAUGACGGGUUAAAGUUGUUUCAAGAAAUGAAAGGUUUCGGUAUGAAACCGAAUGAUUUCACGUAUUCGGCUUUAUUACCUGGGCUUUGUGAUGCUGAUAAAAUGGCUGAUGCAAAUGCGAUCGUGAAGGAAAUGGUGCACCGUCAUAUCGCCCCGAAGGACAAUUCCGUCUUUUUACAGUUGAUUUCUGGUCAAUGUAAGGCGGGUAAUCUUGAAGCAGCUGCGGAUGUGCUUAAGUUCAUGAUGCGAUUAAACGUCACUCCUGAAGCUGGACAUUACGGUGUUAUAAUCGAAAAUCUUUGCAAAAACGGCGUUUACGAUGAGGCUGUUAAGUUAUUAGAUCAACUUAUAGAAAACGGAGCCGUGUUGAACACUACAGGUAAGUUGGGGCUUGAAUCAACUGCAUAUAACCCAAUGAUCGAAUAUCUAUGUAACAACGGUAUGACUAAUAAAGCCGAAACGUUAUUCCGCCAGUUGAUGAAAUUAGGUGUUUUGGAUCCGGUUGGAUUUAAUAGCUUAAUACAGGGCCAUUCAACCGAAGGCUCACCCGAUUCGGGUUUCGAAAUUUUAAAAAUCAUGUUGAGGAAAAACGUCCCGUGCGAAGAAGCUUCUUACAAGUCGCUAAUCGAGAGUUACUUGAAGAAAAACGAGCCAGCUGAUGCUAAAGCCGCAUUCGAUUGCAUGAUCGAAACCGGACAUAACCCGGAUUCAUCUCUUUACGGGUCGGUAAUGGGAAGUUUAUUCGAAGACGGAAGGGUACAAACCGCGAGUCGGGUGAUGAAAAUCAUGAUCGAAAAGGGUUUAAAAGAGCACAAGGAUUUGGUUUCGAAAAUCUUGGAAGCGCUUUUAUUAAGGGGUCAUGUUGAGGAAGCGUUAGGAAGAAUUGACUUGAUGAUGAAUGUCGGGUUUGACCCUGAUUUUGACCAUUUGUUAUCGGUUGUAUGUGAAAAAGGAAAGACGAUUGCUGCUGUGAAGCUGUUGGAUUAUGUUUUGGAGCGAGAUUAUACCGUAGACUUCUCGAGUUACGAUAAGGUUUUGGAUGCUUUAUUAGCUGCGGGAAAGACGCUUAACGCAUACUCGAUUUUAUAUAAAAUUAAAGAAAAAGGGGGCGUUACGGAUAAAAGCAGCAGUGAGGAGUUGAUCAAGAUUCUUAACGAACAGGGGAACACAAAACAGGCCGAUAUUCUAUCUAGAAUGAUCAACGGGACAGCUGGCAAGAAAGGGAAGAAACAAGCAUCCGUUGCAGCUUAAUGGAACACCUGGCAAAGUAAACCCACGCAUCUAUUUUUGGGCGGAUUCUAAAACCUGAUGGGUUAUAUUGGGUUAGCUAUUAUUCUUAAAGGGGUUAGAAUGUGUCUGGAAGUUUGGCUAAUUGUAAGCUUAGGUCACGUUGGCGGGCCACAAUGGGUAUGUGAACACGGUGACAGUGUCGCUGGAUGGGUCGUUGUGUGCAAGUGGUGGAAAGGAUGUAAUAUAUGUUGUGCGA